AUGAGUCUUUGCGAUGCUUGUCGAAAAGCCUUGCCCAGCAUUCCGCCAUCAGGCGGCAACGAACAGUUAAUCGCAGCUACAUUGAAGGUACUUUCAGAAAAUGGAGGUUGGAAAAGAUACGAAUCAGCGGUAUCUGGGGAGAACUGGUACCGGAGAGACCCGUUCCUUCUGCACACAUCGUGGGAGUCCCUGGUCGUAUCGCUAAGACAUGACUGCCCUGUUUGUUGGACGCUUUGGCGGAACAUUCGAUCUUCUCCGAUUGCGUCCCCAAAUAAUGAACCAAUAACGAGGUUUGAGGCACAGAUCACUCAGAUUGACAACUACCCCGAAUCGUGUCGAUAUCAUGUUAACAUAUGUCUAACGGGCCACCAACUAGAGACCAAACAGCUGAGAUUCACUUUAACUAAGACAACAGAAGAGCACUACUUGGAGGCUGAAAGAGAGUGCCCGCUUACUGUGCAGCAUACGCCUCAAUCGGCCGCUCACGUCGCAAGCCGCUGGAUAAAGGCAUGCGAAACACAUCACCUUCAUUGUUUAAAGCAAGCUGCUCCACCAGAACAUGCAAGAAUGCCAACUCGGUUGUUGGACUUAGGCGACGCCAAUUCAAAGGUUUGGCGUCUCCAUCAGGAUCCAGAACAUGUUCCAUAUGCUGCGCUCUCUCAUCGAUGGUCUUCCGACACGCCUGAACUGCAUACGAGCAAUUACGAUGAUUAUUGCAAUUCUCAGCCGGAUAGUGCCCUACCACAAAAUUAUCGUGAUAUUAUAUCCAUCUGCCGCGCCAUACCUAUUCAAUAUCUCUGGAUUGAUUCUCUUUGCAUUAUACAGAAUGAUAAUGGUUAUGAAUUCUCUGAGGAGGCUCCAUUUAUGAGGGACAUCUAUCAAUACGCAUUCCUUACACUAUCGAUUUGUUGGGACUUCCCAGGUCUUUCGAUAUUUCGCAAUUGUCGGCCGCGCAGUAUACCUCGACCUGAGCCUCUUGGUCAUUAUGGAAAACAUCUCAGUGUAUCGGAGUCAGAUGAGUGGGUAUUUGCUGAGGAGAUAGGAAGUAAAGAACUGCAAGUUCAUGUGAGUGGAUCACCCAUCAACCAGCGGGCGUGGGUCUUACAAGAGCGGUGCCUUUCGAGACGGCUACUCUAUCUUGGAAACGACCAAUUGUACUGGGAAUGCGAUGGUUGCACCGGGAGUGAAGCCCGUCCUGAGUAUCUUUCCAAUGAAGGUGGACGUCAGUCUAUUCUAAAUCUCACCGGGAGAUUCAGAGAUAACGCUUGGAGGUUCACACUUGCACAGUAUACCCGGAGCGGCCUGACAUUCGAAAGCGAUAGGCUCAUUGCCUUAGCGGGCCUUGCCAAGUCCGUCGCAAGCAAAUCUGGCGAUACAUAUUUGGCCGGCAUUUGGUUAGAGUAUUGGAUGCAAGAUCUUCUAUGGGAGCCUCAGGAAGAAAUAGCUAGAAGUUCGAAGUUGAAGCUCAAAGAACUCGCUAUGGUGCCACCCUCAUGGUCUUGGCUGGGAUUUCCUGGGUCAUUAAAACCAGGUAACAUUAGCUCAGGAGACCCGCCGAGGAUCUCAACCAUGACCCCUAACUCAUUUGAGUCAGAUGAGUACCAGCCAUUGGCUCUGUUAAGCCAAGCUGUCGUCAUUCCACCCACAAGCGACCCUUUCUCUUUCUUUGAACGGGCAAUUCUGAAGUUCCGAUGCUUGCUUUUGCCUGUAACAUUCGCUGGCAUUCCCCACAAAGACGAGCAACCAUGGUACUUCCGGCACGAAUAUAAUGUCGACCUAUCUUCAGUGGGACUAGAUUGUUUCCGGCUUCAAGCAUGUCAGCUGUUUGAGGAUACUACUAUUGCAUCUAGAUUCUGCUUUAGCAAGCCUGUGGAUAUGUCUUUACAAUACUUCCUCCUUCCAUUAUGCCUUCGCCAAUUUUCGAAGUCUUACCCGCGGUGUAUGUAUGGACUUUUGUUGCAGAGAGGUCUAAGGGAGGGUACAGAAGAGUAUACUAGGGUCGGAAGCUGGUCCGAGGAUCACCGCUACUCAUCUCAGCUCAGCCCUAUGAUUAGCAACACAAUUCUCAAACUAGGCAUCGGGAAGAAUUCAACCCUUAGCGAUAGAAGCUUGACGGAAAACGAGCACGUUUUUGACUCGAAACUUGGUGAGUAUGCAGCGGGUCAAGUUAACUCGAAAGUGCUGUUUCCCAUGAAGGUCGUCAAGAGUGUGAUUGAGCAUCAGUCAGAUAUUGAGGAACUUGACGAAAGGGCCAGUGUUUCGGGGUCUGAGGCUACUGAACAGGAGGCGAUUGAAAUGAAGGAAGAAGAAGAAGGGCCCCUUGUACGCGACGAAGAAGUCGCGUGUGCAUUGCUACCGCAUUUUACUACUGCGGAAUGGGGUACUAUCUCCUUAGUAUAG